AUGUCUAAAGAAUAUUACUUUGUGAUCGUUGGGAGGGAUGAUCAGCCCGUUUUUGAGAUUGAAUACCCUGUUGCUGCUCAAAAGAAGAGAAAGGAAAAUGAUGUUAGGCAUUUACAUCAAUUCAUAGCACAUGCCGCCUUGGAUAUCGUGGAUGAGCAAGCUCUGCAUUCGUCGACCAUGUAUUUGAAAGUAAGGGUUUUAUUAUAAAUUGUUUUUACUGUUUAGGUAGUCGAUAAAUUCAAUGAAUGGUUUGUGUCCGCUUUCUUAACAGCAAGUCGUAUGAGGUUUAUAAUAUUGCACACGCAGAAGAAUGAAGAAAACAUCCGCCAGUUCUUUCAGGAGAUAUAUGAAGUGUAUAUAAAACAUAGUAUGAAUCCGUUUUACAUUCCCGACAGUCCGAUUAAAAGCCGUGCCUUUGAAGAGAAAGUAAUUUUUUAUGCCAGGAAGUACCUAUAUUAA